GGCCAAAUCCUUGUUGAAUGCUAUCAAGCAGGAAGAGAUGGUCCCUGUGAGUGGCGUUAGUAUCGACUCAGAAACAGCAAAUGACUUUCUGACUCACUCCAGACCAAAACGAAAUGUGGACCCCAGGUGGUACAGAGGAAACCCCGACUUCCAGGCUUACUACAGAUACUACAGCAGCAUCGGGCACACUGAAGGGCUCUACGAGAUCGACAAGCUGAGGAUGCUCUACCAGCAGAUGAGGUACCUUGAGCACACCUAUGGCCCAAAUGCCUCAUAUUUCCAGAAUAAAUUGGGAGUGCCGAUGAUCAUGUGCGACCCGGCUACAGACAAGCGGUGCAAACAUGCUCCUCCACCUCCAAUGAAAGGGGUCCCAAAAGCUACAGAUCUCCCAGCAACCCCUCCUCCUGCUCCUCCUCCUGCCCCUGCCAUUUCCCAGGCUGAUGUGCUGUUUCUGUGCAACAACAAGGACCCCCUCUGCAAGCCUCACAUUGUCUACCUUCCCACUGGCUCUGUCCCUGUGCUCUGCGACCCUCGUUACCACCCUCACUGCACACCCCAGAAGGCCCCUCCACCUGCAGUUGUAGUUAAGCAUUCUCCUCCUCCUCCGCCAAAGAAGUCCCCCCCACCUCCUCCAGUCCUUGUCAAGAAGUCUCCCCCGGCCCCCAUCCGCAUCUUCAAGGGCAUGGAGUACGACUGUGACCCCUACUGGGACCCAGACUGCCUGAUCGACCACCCACCCAGACCUGUGAAGGGAAAGAUUGUGGGUCCUCCACCUCCACCUCCUCCCACUGAGGAAGAGGAAGCAGAACCUGUAGAGGAGCCAGCACCCCCUGCUCCCAAAGAGAAGAAACUAACUGUCUAUCCUCACCCUUACUACUACCCUUACCCUUAUGACCCCAGAGAUGAGUUGUAUGACCCGGCUCGCUUCCAGUACCCACAUCCGGCUGACUCUGCUGACCCUGCCGACGAGCCCGCAGAGGAGAGCCAGUGAAACACCCAGGAGGCGUUAAAGGUGUCAGACUUUGACUCAAAACAACCAUCCAGGCUGCAAAAGGUCACUACAAUUGAAAACAAUGUGUAGAAGAGCAUUGACAAGUCGUGUUUAAUCUGACAUUAUUCUGUUUUUACCACUGUCAGUAAAUAAAAAAUUAUCUUUCAGUAAACACAACCAUUUAUUGCAAACAAAUUUUAAAUGAUAAAACAAAAAUAAAUAAAAAAAAAUAUGUUUUUCUUCAGUUAAUGGGUUUGAACUCUGCAUUUAUGUUUUAUGAAAAGGUCCAAGAGAUAUAUAAAAAAGUAUUUCCUCCAUGUGCCAUAUGGAAGGUAAAAACAGACCUGUAAAGUACUGGCCCACAGGUGGGGGAUCAUUAUGUCUGGCUCUGCUGUGUAUUUAAUAUCA